GGUGGGCUCCAUAACAAAUCUCUCACAUUUGGUGGGGGGAUGUCUAUCCCAUUCCGACUCGCAAUUUGCCCACACGGCUUCUAUCGGUCCAACCUUGAAAAUUAACCAAGUUGUGUAAAUAUCAAGGAGAUGGAAAUUUCACAUGUUGUGGAGGACAAAGAACAUCAAGCCGAGGACGAGGACGAGGUCCCGACUGUGCCGCGUGAGGCUUUGUUCCUGGUUUUAGCUUACCUUCCUCUGUUUGAGCUUCUUGCCAUGAGUGAAGUUUGCGUGUCACUAAGAGAUGCAGUGCACAAGGAUGUAUUGCCAUGGCUGGAUAAUAUCAUAGUUGAAAGGCCUUUGAACUUGCGACUGUCUGAUGAGAUUCUGAUGAAGAUCACUUCAAAGGCGAUUGGUAGGCUGAAAACUUUGGCUCUCGUGAACUGUUUGAAGAUUACGGAUGAUGGGCUUCAGUGGGUCAUAGACAAAAAUCCUCUUAUCAACAAGCUAUACAUACCAGCAUGCACUGGCUUAACACCUGAGGGAGUCAUUAGAGCAGUGAAGACAUUAUCCGAAGGUCAUCACAGCUUAAAGAGCCUGAGGAUAAAUGGUAUCUACAACAUAAAGAAAGAACACCUUGAAACAAUUCUCUCUUAUCUGCAAAUGAACCUGUCUCAGCAGGAUAUGCAGCGAAAGCAGCAACCUACCCUCUAUCAUAACAGGAAGUUCCCAAUUUUCAGAAACGAAGAAAGUGAUCAUGAUCCUAUGCUUGACGUGGAUAUCUGCCCAAAGUGCAACGAUGUAAGAGUGGUUUACGAGUGUCUAAGAGAGACCUGCAAGAGGAAGACGGAGCUGCUGUCGACCGAAUGCAGAGGUUGCAACCUCUGCAUUCCGAGGUGCGAAGAGUGUGGCCGAUGCACAGGAUCUGAAGAACCGGAAGAAACUGCUUGUGGAGACGACUUGUGUUCAGAGUGCUGGCUGCAGCUUCCCAAAUGUAAUUUUUGCAACAGACCGUAUUGCAACCAACAUACCAAUCGGCAGUACAAGAUUUCCAGCUCUACUGGCUUUGUUUGUGAUGUUUGUCAUAUAUCCUACUACUGUUAGUUAAGAUUUUUUUCAAUGAAUUCAUAAUACUGUAAGCAUCAAACAACUAUGUUGAGGUUGAAUGACAAUUCAGAAAGACUUUUCUUCCA